AUGGAUUCCAGAGAAGUUGGUUGUGAAGCUACACAACUUGCUAAGUCAAGACUAAAAUCCAGGUUUCCUUGUUGCUAUACACCAGAGCCCAAGGAAGGAGUCAAGACUGAGAACAACGAUCAUAUUAAUUUGAAGGUGGUGGGGCAGGAUGGUUCUGUGGUGCAGUUUAAGAUUAAAAGGCAUACAUCACUUAGUAAACUAAUGAAAGCGUAUUGUGAACGACAGGGAUUGCCAGUGAGGCCAAUCAGAUUCCGAUUUGACAGGCAACAAAUCAAUGAAACAGACACACCUGCAAAGUUUGAACUAGAGGAUGAAGAUACAAUUGAUGCGUUCCAACAGCAGACGGGAGGUGUCUACUGA